GGUGCCUCACAAAAAGCCUGCGAUACGGGGACGCGAUUUUGUCCAUUCACACACUUUCUUCAAAUUCUUGCACACAUGAAGGAGUUAAGAACGAAUGUCGGAAAUAGUCGUAGUGGCAACCGAUGUCACUUUUCGGACAUUUUUUGCAAGUGUUUUGAGGUCGUGCCGGCGGUGUAGCGGUGGGGCUUGCGGUAGGAAAAAGCGCCAACUUCUGCUUGCGCCGACUGAAUUGACAAAUACUCGGUAAAUGGGCUUUAAGAUAUGAUAUCCCGAAGGAAGACAUUCAACUGAUUUCCGAAAUGAAUUAAUAAGUAAGGAGCGCUGUUGCUUCUCCGUUAGUCAAGACUCCAGGAAAAAAAGAUGCCAGGUCUGCAAGGUGAAAACGUAGUUGCGGCCCUGGGGAGCCCCAUCAAGAAGAGUAAGCUCUCUCUGAAGUUUUUCCACAAGAAGGAAACUAAACGGGCGCUGGAUUUCUCUGAACCUCCAUCAGAUGAAGCCAAAACGGUGGAAGCCAUGGAGCCUGAGGCAAGCAACUGUGAUCAAGUGGUGCCUGGUCCUUCACCGUGUCCAGCCUCCCCGGGCCCUCUGGUGCCAUGUGAAAAGAGAGAGAACUUGGUGCCAUUUGUGGGGCUUAACAACCUCGGCAACACCUGCUAUCUGAACAGUAUUCUGCAGGUGCUGUACUACUGCCCAGGGCUCAGAGAGGGCAUUAAGAAGCUGUUCACGCUGUCCAAAAGGCAAGAAAAACCAAAGGAAGAACCUGUUAAAAGUGCUGAAGAGGAGGCGGAAGGUACAGGUGAGGUUGUGCCAGCUCACAUGGAGCUGCUUGGCAGCUUCAACAGUCUGAUAACAUCAGUGGAGCAGCUCCAGUCCAGCUUCCUGCUUAACCCUGACAGCUACAGUGAAGGAGAGCUCGCCACGCCACCGAGGAAAAUACUACACACGCUCAGGCAACUGAACCCCAUGUAUGAAGGUUAUCUCCAGCAUGAUGCCCAGGAGGUACUGCAGUGCAUCCUUGGAUACAUCCAGGAGGCCUGUGAAACAAUCAGGAAAGAGCAGCACCUGGAGAAAGUAGAUGACAAUGUGGUGGAGGUCAAACCAGAGAACGUGGUGGACCCUGUGUGUUCCAGUGGUGUUGUGACAGAAGAGGACAGCCAAGUCAGUGGCAAGAGAAAGAGUGACACCGAGGCUGGAAAUGCCAAAAAGAAGCCCAAAUCUGUCAAGUCUAAGAAAACUGAUGCCGAGGAAGAUUGUGUCAGCAGCAGAAAACCCUUCACUCGUUCCAAGAGGAAGUCUUCCACUGAGAUCACAAUGGACAGCACCCAAGACAAAGAUGGAGAGGAGGAGGACGAAGGUGGGACAAAGAAACAAAAUGGGGAGGAGGAAGGUGGCAGUGAUGGUGAGGGGAAAAUGGAAAAGGCUUCUAAAGAGAUAGAGGGGAAGAGAAAGAAGAGGGCCAAACUGAGCUGGCUGAGGCCUUCUGGGAAACAGCCCAGUAUUUUCUCCAAAUUCCGCAGUGUGGGGAAGAUCAGCUCCAACACAGGAGCAAAGAACCAGCCUGAAGCAGAGCAAGACGAGGACCUGGGUAACAACCGCAGUCCCAAUACAGGGAAAACCAUUCAAGAGCUAUCCACAGAAAACACAGCCAAGGACAAGAAGGCAGUGAAAAGUCCAGAGGUGCUGGACCUGAUGGAGCACUUGUUCCAGGGACGGCUGGUGCUGAGGACCCGCUGUCUGGAGUGUGAGAGCUAUACAGAGAGGAGGGAAGACUUCCAGGACAUCAGUGUCCCAGUGCAGGAGGAUCUGCCCAGUAACCCCAGCAACCUCUCUGAAGUCUCUCCAGAACCGAAAUCAGAGCAGAAGACUCUGAAAUGGGCGAUCUCCCAGUUUGCUUCAGUGGAGCGCAUUGUCGGGGAGGACAAGUACUUCUGUGAGACCUGCCAUCAUUACACAGAGGCCGAGAGAAGCCUUCUGUUUGACAAAACUCCUGAAGUCAUCACCAUUCACCUCAAGUGCUUCUCUGCCAACGGUUUAGAACUAGACCCGUACGCCGGCCUGUCCAAGGUGAACACUCCGCUGCAGACCCCUCUGACCUUGUCGCUAGAGGAGUGGUGCACGCGGCCCUCGCUCACAGAGGGGCGGCACUACCAACUCUUUGCUGUGGUCAUGCACAGCGGCGUCACCAUCAGCAGCGGCCACUACACCACCUACAUCCGCAUGUCAGAUCUGAAAGACGUGAAGCUCUGGCUGCAGGUGGCCAAAAAAGAAGGAGAGAAGGAGGAAGAGGAGGGGAAAUGUAGUGAGGAAGCCCAGCAGAAAGAGGAGGUGCUGGAGUACAAUGAUGGCGAGGUGUCUUUCAGCCUAAGAGGACAGACAAGAGGAGACAUUGAUGCUAACCCGGCUAGCAGCAACACCAGCAAAACAGGCGGGAAAAAGCUGUCAGAGGGCGGAGUUGGACUUCUUGGGGGCCAGAGGAGUUUGUCCAGUUACGAGCUUGGGAGCGGCAGCGGCAAACAGGCAGACAAAGUGACCAGCGGGGGGGUGACAGAGGGCUCUCGGCGCAGGAGAACCACAAGCAACCUGGGGCAAAACAUUGAAACUGGGAUCAAAAAGGAGCCUGAGGCUGGAGACGGGGUUGGAAAAGAGGAGUUGUCCGUGGUAACUGGUUGUGGUGGCAUGGAAACCACAGAGCAACAGGCUCUGGGCAAUCUCCUUGAAUAUGAGGGUAAAUGGCUGCUGUUUGACGACUCAGAGGUGCGUUUGUUUGAGGAGGAUGAUUUCCUGAGAGCGUGUUCUCCUGAAACCUGCUCCACAUCCACACCUUACCUGCUUUUCUACAGGAGGAUACCCUGCCCAGGACUCUAACCUUGACACACAGGCGACUGUGGACUCGAGAUACUGUGCUUAUCAGGCCUUUCAUCAGCUGAACACUCAGACACACUGUGAAAAAUCAGUCACAGUUGUUACUCAAGCUGAAGAGUGUCUUUGAAACAUCAAACAAUGCCAAAAACAAAUUCUGGCUGCCAUAUUAGCACCUAAACUGGACUUUGAUGAUUUCAGCCAAGACCCUGGCUCAUUAAAAUAUUCUGUUUCUCCUAUAAAAUAACCUAAAAAUAUCUGAACCUAUUUGGGUUCCAAUCCACACUUUAGUAAAUGCUGAAAUAGACGAACAGGGGGUUGAUAUUCUACGUGCCACUGCUGACUAUAGCCCUUUGAAACGAGGUUCUUUGAAAUGAGACUGCCUUGCUCUGUAAACUGAGCACAGGGAACCGUCUUUUGCUGCCUGUAUUGUUAUUUCUUGGACACAGGCUGUAGUACUCUCAUCAUUGUCAAUCAUUUGUUUCAAGGUUCUCUUGAAAUGUGUUUUUUCUUCUUUUUUUUUUUGUGCCAGUGCUUGGGUUUGUAUGUGAUAGCUUUAUGACAAUGGUAACAUUUCAGAUUCCCUUUAAAGCACUUUCGCACUUAGGUUUAAUUUGGGUGAAACUGCUAAAUGAAAUGUUGAAAGAUUUCUUCUUGUUUUGUUUUGUUGUUGUUUUUUUUUUUUUCUUCCUUCUGGCUGGAAGUUGCCUCUGUCCAUGUCAUUUGCAUACAUCCGGGACUAAUCAUGUACAUUUGCAGGAGGAUAUUACUUAACCUCAGAGGCUUACAAAACCCCUGGCCAUUCACGUUACAGGGCAGUGCAAAAAAUGCCUUGUAGGGAUAGAGGAUAAGCUGUAGAAAGCGAUAUUUUUCUUUAGGUUUGCUUUCUGAAAAAGAAACCUUUGCCUACUUUGUCAGACUUUUUAUUGAAUGUCUUUCCCUUGCACUGAUCCUGUGUUUCUAGAUUUUUAUAUGUAAAUAUAUAAACACAUUUAUUCUUUUACAUCCUGUCAGCCUGAAAUUGAUGCCGUCUAUGCAGGAGAUAGAAAUUUAUAUUUUGGACUAAAUGAUACACUGUUAACAUCUUAAGCUGACCACAAAAUAACUCCUAAAAAAUCACAUGCCUAAAAAGUUUCUAACCCAGAACACAUAGCUCAUACAUAUUUGAGGUAUUUUGUCUGCACUGGUUAUACUUACAUUAAUUGCAGUGUAUUGGUGUAACAGUUAAAAUGCACAAUAAAACAGGCAGUAAGUCUUAAUUGUGCAGAUUUUCAAGGCAAUAUGUUAACAUGACUGAAAGAAAGCACACAAAGUACAAAUUAUGUAGUAGUUUCACUACUAUGAUGAGCUUUAUAGAAGAUACCAAGUUUGUUAAACAUGCAUGAGGUUGUCAAAGGAGAGUGCCUCACACAUCAUCCAUCCCCUGCUGUGUAAAAUAGCAAGAGGGAGAAAAAAAAUCCUGUGCUGCUGUUCAGUGUGUAAGACCACCACUUUUAAAUUGCCUUUAAAAUUAAAAUAUGUAAAUUGCAGCCCACAUGUUGAAGUUAAUACACCGGGCAAGGCCACACUCAAAUUUUGAAGAUUACCACUUCACAAUGUAUCAAAUCCAGUGCAUCACAUGUACUCUUAGCACUAAGAGCUUUCAUUCAACACAGUACUUGGCAUUGCUAAUCCAAUGUGUCAUUUACAUUAAUUGGCAUAUUUUAAUGUGCAAAUCAGGGCUUGAAAUCAGGUUCAGUCAGCUGAAGGGGUUAACACAGUUAUUUAGUCCGUGAGUUUACUAAUAACCCAGUUUUUUACCAGCUGGGAGGAGGAGUGAAGGAUUCAGCUGGAGACAGUUACAACAGAGGAGGCUACGGAAGCUGCAAACAUGGGGUUCAGGUCGCACAGGGAGCAGCGUCCGUCCACCUCCAGCUGUCCCUCUUCGUCUUCCUCUCGAGUCUGCUGUUCAGGAAGGAUUUCCAUGUGGCAGCAUGUGUGAUCAUUGCCGAAUACCUCUGUAUGGUUUGUCAUUUGUGAAGGUGACAUCGCUCAUCUCAGGUUCUGCAGGUGGAGGGUGUACCAAGUCCAUCCAUGGCAUCAGGGAUUAAGACAAAGUUUUGAGAAAAAAACCCAUGAUUCAUGUGAUAAUAAUAUAGCCAAUGUUAAUUCACUUCAUGUCAUUAUAGUCAAGAUACACAUCUGUGAAGUUUCCCACCCAAGUUUCUGAAUCUAUGAACGUGCUCCCAGAAGUAAAGUGACACUAGCCCUGAUUAAUGUGUUGUCACCAUAGUUUAACUGCAACUCAUUCCAGCCCAAAUUGUGCUCCGUUACUGUAAUAUUAAUGUCAGCAGGUUCAUACCAUAAAGCAAUAAAGUUUUUACCUUUCCAUGAA